AUGCCACCAGCAUAUGCGGUGCGGGAUGGAGGUGACGCCAAGUCCAAGAAGCAAAGCAUGGCAGAUCUUAAACUUAGGAGGCUCCAAGAACUGAACAUCCGGCUUAAGGAAGACUUGGAAAGACCUCGUGUGAAAGUGGGUGAGGCUGCACUGAGCCUGAUCAAUUACUGUAAUUCCACACGAGACUACAUGGUACCCUCUGUCUGGGGACAAGUCGACAGGAAAGAAGAUCCCUACAACCCGCAAAGUGGAGGCAGCGAUGGAUGCUGCAUAGUCAUGUAA